CUCACUCAUCAUCAACCAACGACUACAUCCAAAAUCCGCAAGUCAUCCAUACGGUCGCGCUCUUUUUGAGUGUAUGUUAGAAGCCAUUCGCCAAUAUGGAUACGGCAAAGACCGAAACCCCUGAACCGCAAGUUGUUUUCCGACCUAGCAAGAAGCGCAAGCACCUGCGACAGCGCGCAGAGGAGACCGAGACCGAACCAGAUGAUGCGUUGCAGCAGCCUGCCGCCCAAGCGCUGCCGGAUGAUGGAGAGACAAAAAUCGAAGUAAACCGCGACACAGAGCCAGACACGGAGGAGUCAUCAGUAAAAGAAGCGCUGCGUCUACGCAACGCACGCAGGACAAGACUCAAGGGGGUCGGCUUCCGGCCUGAAGGCACAUCCAAGGUUCCCGAGGAAGCGAACCAGGAGCAGAGUCUAGUUCUCAAGGACGAUCCAAAUGGCGCAGAUUCUAUGGACUACGGGGUAUCGAGGCGCUUUGCGCCACAGGCAGGACUGGUCGGCGAGCUCGUCAACAAGCAUAUGGAGGAAUAUAUAGAAUCCGAGUUGGCUAGACGGCACGCCGCCGAGAAGGCUACUGAAGCAGAAAACCAACAACCGCAGCACCAGCAGCAAUCAUCACGAGCGACGGGCUCGCUCAUCGCAGAUCCGACUAAACAGCUCGGAGAACGGCCGACGAUGCACGGAAAGCUGCAGGAGGUUGACCUCGGCGAGGAAGUCCGGAUGCGCAAUGCGAACAUGACGGAGCAGGCACGCAGGCGCCUCGCCGGCGAGGCCAUCGAUGACGACGACUCCGACUCGAGGAAGCGGGUUAGGAUCGGCAAGGAUGGCAAGCCGUGGCGUGGGCGCAAGAGGCGCGGAAGCGACGACGUCAAGCGUGACCAGCUUGUGGAAGAGCUCAUGCGCGAGAACAGACUGGAUGUGUACGAUGUUCCCGCCCAGCCGGAGGCUUCUGGUGAGCCUGGAUUCGAUGAAGCCGCGGACGAGAAGAUCGCAGAGCAGUUCCGCCGUGAGUUCAUGGACGCCAUGUCUGAGAGGCGGCACCAGCGGAGGAAGGCGGCACCGCAGCCGAGUCGGCCGGGAGCGAAGCAGGAAGAGGUGCUCAAGGGGCCGAAGUUGGGCGGCAGCAGGAAUGCUCGAGCUGCGAUGCGCGAUCUGUUGCUAUCACAGCAAGAGAAAGACAAGAAGCGGUGAUCAGUGCCGUCGUCCUGCACGGACCGACAAUUACAUGCUGGCUUGUGGUGGUCCAGGGGCCUCUGAGCAUUUGGACCAAAACCUGCAGGUGCUUGUGACCUCCACCGUCACCCAAUAGGCUGGACAACAGCAUUAUGGCUGAAGAGGCGCAGCUUGGGCAAAGUUCAAGUAUCGAGCUGCAAGUGAUCCUGCGAUUGAGAGGAAAGGAAAGGAAACGAAGCACACCGGAGCAUAAUCUAGCAAAGAAUCCUUUUCUCAAUCUUGACAAUCCUUCACUUUCGUCUUGUCUUUGAUCGCAUCUGCGAGCCUCUGCAGGCACUAUCAAAUGAUGGAGAGCACUAGAAGCGACAGCCAGACUCUCGGCUCAUCCCGGAGUGCUGUGGUCGAUAAUCAGCCCAAAAUCUACACCGUUGCGACACCCAGGCUCUUAUUAGUCCCAGAUUAAAACAGAAACAUGAAUUUUUGUUACCUAA